AUGCAUGCUACAGUGGAGGAAGCCCAUGGGGCAUUAUGGGUGGUGGUGGCGUUGGGGGGGGGGGUUCCCUUGGACAGAGGGCCCCCUCUCUUGAACAGUUUGCUUGAAAAGGGCUCAUUCAGUUCAGCAGAACUGCAUCUACUGCCUCCUCCUCUCUCUAGCUGUGGAUCAUUGUCAGGCCUGAAAGGAGCUUUGACCAGUUCCAGACGACUGGUUCUGCACCAUAAAACUCCACGCACAUUGAUAAAUAGGCUUGCCCCACAACAUUGUGAAUCUAUUGGCAUAUCCCAGAGCAUUUUGGGUUUGUCAGACAAGGAGGCAGUCAGUAAGUUAAGCAACACAGACGGUGCAGAACAGACAGAAAAAGCAGCUCAUGAAGUCAAACAGAGGAACAAGCCAACAAGGAGUCCUCAGCUGCCUUGUGCCAAGGCUUUAUACAACUAUGAUGGCAAAGAACCCGGAGAUCUUAAGUUCAGCAAGGGUGACAUCAUCAUCUUGCGCCGGCAGGUGGAUGAAAACUGGUACCAUGGAGAGAUGGGAGGAAUCCAUGGAUUCUUCCCCACUAACUUUGUCCAGGUCAUCAAACCUCUACCACAGCCACCCCCUCAAUGCAAGGCCCUGUAUGACUUUGAGCUGAAAGACAAGGAGGCUGACAAGGACUGCUUGCCAUUUUCAAAGGAUGAUAUUCUUACUGUGAUUCGUCGUGUGGAUGAGAACUGGGCAGAAGGCAUGCUGGGAGAUAAGAUUGGCAUCUUCCCUAUAUCGUAUGUGGAGUUUAACAGUGCAGCACGACAGCUUAUAGAACUGGACAAGCCAUCUGAAGGUGGAGGAGACUCCAGUGAAGGGCCGUCCUCCUCUUCAUUGGGACCCCAGGCUAACGGCUCCCAGAAAGCCACUGGAGAGAAGAAGAACAGUAAGAAGCGACACUCUUUCACCUCUCUGACUAUGUCCCAUAAGCCCUGCCUGGCCCCUCCACCCCAGAGACACUCCAUGGAGAUCAGCGGACCAGUUCUGAUUAGCUCCUCCAAUCCCACAGCAGCGGCACGGAUCGGAGAGCUCAGCGGGGGCCUGUCCUCCAGCGCACCUUCACAGGUUCACAUUUGCACAACAGGACUCAUUGUUACUCCUCCACCAAGCAGUCCUGUCACCACAGCGACAGUUUUCACAUUUCCUCCAGAAACCAGCUAUGCCUCUAUUCCAGUGGAUUCUCUUCCUCCUCCACCUCCUCCUCCACCUCAGUCACAGUCCUCCGCUGUGGGCGCUGCCGCCUUGAAUUCUACUCAGAGACCUUCGCCCUCUGCGGGUGACCAGAGUGGCCGUCAGAGACCCACGGUGUGAGUACAACGUAAAAUGAACACACU